CGAGAGAAGCAAAGCAGCACGCCGAGCGAUACACUGUCCGACAUUGCUUGUGCUUUUUGCUGCAAAGCUGGCGCUGAGGACAAGUAUUAUUAUUAUUACCGAGGCGAGCUGUGAGAGGGGAGAGAGGGGGGGGGUGGGGGGUGGGGGAGCAACAACAACCAAAAAACUGGCGCAACUAUGCACCACGCGCUCUUUCGCGACUCCUAUUUAUGACUAUUAUCAGAAAUUGUUUUUUCCUCGCGCCCCUGCGGAUGCAAAACACCUGACAACCACUCAUCGAAUGUCGUCUUUAAGGUGACUCCAUGAGCCAGCGAUGGAGACCAAAAGAUACCAAAGUCUCUUUGAGGGGAGCGAUACAGAGAACAGGUGGUCUCAGAUCUCCGGUGCCAUGGAGUUCUGCUGUGCCGCUGAGAACUCCAGCCAGAGUGGCGCUGAUGUCCUGAUGGACAUCGCCGAUGCCGAUGUCGCCCACCCUAAAGAGGGCGGCGGUAAGAGGCCGGAGCAGCCGCUGCUUCGUCCCCGGUCGAACCAGCACUUUGGCUUACCGCAUAUCAGCAACAGCUCCCUCCACGGUCCCAAGCCGGAAAUGGACUCCAAGGAGCUUUCCAAAACCGUGGCUGAGUCCAUGGGGCUUUACAUGAAUGCUGCCAGGGAGGCGGACUUUACCUUUGGCCAGCACAGGGGCACAGCCAGCCCCGGAAAGAUGCAGUAUCCGGUAUGUAGGCGGCCUCUUGAGGAAAGCCAGCGCGGCUCGGCCGAGAGCCCCAAGCCGAAAGGGUUUGCGUUCCAGCAGCCCGGCGGCGCCCCCGGAGACGGCACCCCGGCGAGCUCCGCUUCCAUGCUGGCUUCGUCGCUGUCCGGCAGCCCCCAAACUUCCAGCCCGGGGGGCGGUAACAACACAGUGUCGUCCACCACCACCAGCCCCCCGGCGGGUUUCGGCCCAGCGUGCUCACCAGUAAGCCACCCGGCCCCGGUCGGCGUCAGGCAUAAGAAUUCAUUGGCGUGCAGUCCCGUGGAGUCCAGCACCGUGGGCUCGCCGCCCCUCAUCAGGUCCCCCAUGUCCAGCCCGCGGCGUAUGACUAGUGUGAGGUCCCCGCCGUCCUGCAGGGUCAGGUCGUCCGUCUCCAGCCCCAACGCGGUGCGGCCCCCCGCCUCCAGUCCGGCCGUGGCAAUCGGGAGCCCGCAGAACCCUUCCUCGGGAGGCUUCCUGGCAUGCAGUCCGGCCGGGGAACUGAGUUUGGUGCAGGGCGACACCCGCAGCCCCGAAGCGACGGGUCUGAUCAGCGAGCCCGAUUUCAAAACCUUUGAGUUCCCCAAGGCGGAGAUGGUGGACGGGGAGGUGUUCAACGUGGGUUUGGACCAGAUGGGCAUGGUGAAGUACAUCAAGAACGAGCCAGGGACUGAUUUUAGGAGCAUGUGCUUGGGGGGGUCCAAAUGCGACACCUCCAACGUGCCGUUUAUCGCGCAAAUCAAGAAUGAACCUGACAAAAAUGACGAGUGCAUGAACCCGCAGUCCUACGGCAACCACUCUCCACCGCUCGGCCUCUUCCCCGCGUCCGAGACCACCUACUUGUCCCUAAGGAAUAACAUAGACGAAUACAGCCUCGCCGGAAUCUUAGGACCCCCGGUGUCUCUCAACGGGAACUACGACCCCGAUGUGUUCACCAACAACGUCCUGUCCAAAGGGGUUAAGCAAGAGUCCAGCGACGGCGGCUACUACCAGGAGAGCAACGGCCUGCCCACGUCGGCCAUUGUCGGAGUUAAUUCCAGCGGACACUCAUUCCACUACCAGAUCGGCGCGCAGGGAACAAUGUCCUUCACGCGGCACGAUGCCCGGGACCAGUCCAACCCUUUGUUGAAUCUAAUUUCGCCUGUGGCGGCGUUAAUGGAGUCGUGGAAGUCACGGCCGGGCAUGCCGCAGGGGUCGCUGUCGGCCCGGGGCGACGGAUAUCCAGGUCAGAACUGCAUCGGUGAGGGCAUGAUGAGCUCCCCGCUCAGGCAACCUUCGUCGACGGCCAAGGUGUGCCUAGUGUGCGGGGACGAAGCGUCGGGCUGCCACUACGGCGUGGUGACGUGUGGCAGCUGCAAGGUCUUCUUCAAAAGAGCCGUGGAAGGUCAGCACAACUACCUUUGCGCGGGGAGAAAUGACUGCAUCAUUGACAAGAUCCGAAGGAAAAACUGCCCGGCGUGCCGCGUACGCAAGUGCCUCCAGGCCGGGAUGAACCUCGGAGCCCGUAAAUCCAAGAAGUUGGGCAAGUUAAAGGGCGUCGCCGAUGACCCGCAGGCAGGCAAGGAAAGCCAGGCGGAGGAGGAGCUGAACGCCAGCGCCACCAACACCGCCCUGGUGCCCCGCAGGCCCGGCGUGGUCACACCUUUCCUGCCGCCGUCCAUCUGCAACGUGUUGGAGUUCAUCGAGCCCGAAGAGGUGUACUCGGGCUUCGACAACACGCUGCCCGACACCACCGACCACCUGCUGUCCAGCCUCAACUGCCUGGCCGGCAAGCAGAUGGUGCGCCUGGUCAAGUGGGCCAAAGUACUUCCAGGUUUUCGGGGCCUGCCCAUCGAGGACCAAAUUACAUUGAUCCAGUACUCGUGGAUGUGCCUGUCCUCCUUUUGCCUCAGCUGGCGCUCCUACAAACACACCAACGGACAGUUGCUCUACUUCGCCCCCGACCUCAUCUUCAACGAGGACCGCAUGCAGCAGUCGGCCAUGUACGAACUGUGCCUGGGCAUGAGACAGGUGAGCCAGGAGUUUGUUCGGCUCCAACUCACCUACGAAGAGUUCCUCUCCAUGAAGGUCCUGCUGCUUCUCAGCACAAUUCCCAAAGAGGGUCUGAAGAACCAGGCGGUAUUCGAGGAGAUGCGAGUUAAUUACAUCACGGAGCUCCGGCGCGCCGUGGGGAAGGCCACCAACAACUCCGGUCAGACCUGGCAACGCUUCUUCCAGCUCACCAAGCUACUGGACGCCAUGCAUGAUCUGGUGGCCAACCUGCUGUACUUUUGCUUCUACACCUUCCGCGAGUCGCAGGCCCUGAAGGUGGAGUUCCCCGACAUGCUGGUGGAGAUCAUCAGCGACCAGAUACCAAAGGUGGAGUCGGGCCUCACCCACACCAUUUACUUCCACAAGAAGUGACGAGGGCAAACAAACAAAAAACAUUCAAAAACGCGACCGAGAACUCGGAGCAACGGCAAAGGGGAAAGCGUCGCGAGCGAGCGCGUACCCGUAGCAUGCCGCCGGAACACGGUGGAGGAAAAACAGGACCGGAUUUUUCGGGUCGGAGUCGGGAAUAUAUCCCUCUGCCACCCCCCCACCCCUCCCACCCCCUGUGCACCCCAAAGAUGCUUACUAUCUUUUCAACGGAGAUAAAGCCAUACAUUACCUAGGCCGUGCUAGUGCUACAUUCACACUAACACACCACACUACACAGAUGCACUAAAAAUCCCGAAAAAGAAAAAAUGUAUCACUCAAAUUAACUGUGGCUUAUGCAGCUCUCACAAACAUAAAUCAAUAUAUACAGUAUAUCCAAAUAGUUAGCCAUUGCUUUGCAGCAUAUGUAAAGCAGGACAACAGGGCAGACAAAAACAACAACACGCUCAACUAUAAGGCCAAAGGUCUCGUUGAAUAUAAUCCAAGGGCUACAUAUGUAAAAUAUGUAAAUGCAUCACCAUGAGCUCAGUUUGAAAUUCAAUUGGUGUCAAACAAACAGAAAAAAAAAAGACAUAUUUAACGUAUACAGUCAAGUCCAAAAUGAUUCAUACCCAAGUGAAUUUUAAUGGGGGAUACAAGAAAGUGGGAAAAUACUUUGAAGUUGUACUGGAAACGUGAACUAAAUAUUUGACCUUUUUUUUUUUUUUUAAACAAGCGUCUAGAUAUAUGAGAAUAAAGUUGUUUUACAAGAAACGAGAAAAAACACGAUUAUUGACAAGAUUUGUUUUAUUUUAUGAGGAAAAAAUAAAUGUGUCACUGUGGAGUGAAUGAAUAAUGUGUGCAACGGUAAAGCAUCUGAGUGCCUAGAAAAGCGCUAUAUAGGUUUUCAUGCAUUAUUAUUAUUAUUAUGUAAUUUUAUGUGUAUUUAAGUAGUAAUAUAAUAACGCUGUAUAUUAGAAAUUCUGUAACUUUAAAUUCCAUCCAACCAUCCAUUUUCUUUACCGCUUCUCCUCACUAGGGUCGCGGGCUGCUGGAGCCUAUCCCAGCUAUCUUCGGGCGGGAGGCAGGGUACACCCUGAACCGGCCGCCAGCCAAUCGCAGGGCACAGAGAGAUAAACAACCAUUUGCACUCACAUUCACACCUAUGGGCAAUUUAGAGUAUUCAAUCAACCUACCACGCAUGUUUUUGGAAUGUGGGAGUAAACCCACCCAGGCACGACGGGGAGAACAUGCAAACUCCACACAGGCGGGGCCGCGAUUUGAACCCCGGUCACCAGAACUGUGAGGCAGAUGCGCUAACCAGUCUUCCACCGUGCCGGUACUUUAAAUUCUAAAUUUAUAAUAAUAAUAAUGUAAAGUAAAUCCAUGAGGGGAAAAAAUUUAACGGCAAAAAAAUUAUUAAUAUUAUGGUGGGGGUGGAUCUUAAUUUUACACGAAUAAAAAAAAAUAUAAUCGAAUGAUUUUAAUUUUGGGAGAGAAAAAAAAAUCUGAAUUUUACAAAAACAUAAUUAGAACAUUCAUAAUAAUAUGAGCAUAAAGUUGUUUUACGAGAAACUAAUUAUUUGAAAAGAAAGUUGUAAUGCUGUGGGGAUACAUUGAAAAUCUUACAUUUUUUGCAACAUACUAUCGACCUAUCAAUAUAGCUCUCGAUCUCAAAUUGAAAUAUGGGAAUAAAGUCAUAAUUUGAUAAUAUAAAUAUUUUUUCAGAAACUAAUUUUAAUUUGCGAGAAUAAAGUUGGAACAUGAUGAGUCACGUUGUUGAAAAGAAAAAGAACUGUCAUCCAAAUCAAACUACUUGCCUUUUGAAAACAUGACUGACACACAAACGAGGUGUUUUGAUUCCUAGUUGUGUUUUAAAUGUAUUUCUGACAUUAAUAACCAGUUUUUGUCACUUUCUUGUCCCACGUUCACCUCAAAUAAUUCACCUCUGAUUCCAAAUACUCUCCUCGGGUAUGAAAUAUUUUGUGCUCAACUGUACAUUUUUGCAGUUCAGAUGUGCAGUGAAACAAUCCAAACUAAUAUGCAAAAGGAUAAAAGAGUCACUAGCUACGGUGUACAAUAAUCAAGACAAUAUUGUUGAGUGAUUCAAUUAGCAAAAAGCAACAACGAAAUGCCGUUAAUGGAUUGGACGGAUGGGCGGUAAUGGUCGGUCAUUUGUGUUCUCUCCAGAGCAUCUGUCCAAUUCACGUCUUUUUACUCACAAUCAAACCAAGCAUAGCCAGCCCUUUGUGACCCCACUCUUCCCCAAAAUAAUACUAUUAAUAAAGCAUUUUUAUAAGAGUUGUCUUUUUUUCCUCCCCCCAGACAAGGCGCUCCUUUUGCAUUAAGGUGCUUAAUUUUUUACUGAUGCCAGGCAAAACAUUUGUACAGCGACUUCAAAUGAACGAUGCAAACACACACACACACACACACACACAUCGUUGCUGUCCAACAAAAAUCAUGUCACAAUUUUGCAAAUUAUCAUGUUUUUUGUUUUUUUUUGCAGAACCAACACCCCCACCCCUCCAAAAAAAAAAUACAUUUGUAGCAAAUAAUGUAAUUUGACUUUUUAAUGUUAGAAACAAAUACAUUGAAGUUUAUUUUUGAAGCUGAAAAUCCCCAAAACAUAGAUUUAAUGUCAGGCUGAAAAACAUUAAGACAAUAUUUUUUUUUUUUUGGAGGGGGGGCAGAAAAUAGAUUUGUAUAUCUGUAGCAAAAAAUAAAUAUUUUGGGGGUAUUUAUAUUUUUAACCAACCUCCCCACCAAAAAUAAACUUUUUUUUAAUUUAUUGCAAAUGACAAAAAGCCACAAAGAAAUAUUAAAACUAGACCCCCAAAAACACCACAGUACAUUUUAUGUAUUUUAUUCCUUCGCAAAAAACCCACGAAAUAACUUUUACAAGUAGCUUUUUUUCUGUUUUUUUUUUUUUUGCUAGAAUUUGGGGCCAAAAUAGUCCCAAAUAUUUUUUUCCUACAGUUAUAAUUUUAGCAAAAAACUCCCAAUAUAUUUUUUGUUAAUCCUCACUCAAAAAAAACAUUUUUUAGUCUAUAUUUCUAUUUUUAGACAACCCCCCUCCAAAAAAAGAAAUGUUUUAAAUAAAAAAAAAGAGUGGGAUUUAGUUAUUUAUUUUUAAAUUAAAUCUGACACAGUUUUUUUUUUUUUUUUUUUUAAAUAUUAAAUACUUGCAGGUGAAAAACCACAAGAAUACAUUUAACGGAUUUUUUCUUUUAAAGGCAAACAAAAAUCUCAAUUUUCUGAGAAACAUUUAUUUGUGUUUCAGGUAAAAACAAAAAGAAUUGUAGAUUGAUGCUUUUAGUUGAAUAGCGACGACACACACACACACACUGUACAGUUGAUUUAAGACAGAGACUUAAUCUGCAGUGCUUAAUGUACAGCUACUAACUAACUAGUGAGAGCUCUUGUAAAAUUUGGAGGUACGCUUGACCAUUUACAGUAUGAUUUUGUACACUUGUUGCGUCCAAAAACUGUGAGUGAUGCUACUGAGGAGCGUUAAGAGGGCAGCCCAAACCCCCCUUUCCAUAAUUUUACAGUGUGAAGAGAGUAUGAUGUGCUUUUUUUUUGUUAGUGGAUUUUUUGCACAAAGGAGCUACGGUUGUAGGCGCAAGCAGCAGCUAGCGAGCGGGCGUUGUCGUCGCCUUACGUCGGACGCUUUCAGGAUAGUGCUGUGAGAAAUCGGGACAUCCCUCCGUGGUCAUCUUGAAUACAGUGGAACCUCCAUCAUGUUGGUUGACUUCCAACUUGUUGUCAUUUCUAUUGGAAUGUUUCCUCCAUAAGAAAUAAUGUAUAUUAAGGUGUUGCCAUCGUAAAACUUUUAACUGGAAUGUUUAACAACCCAAAUGCAAGUACAGAAUACAAAUUAUGGAAAAUAGUCAUAAUUAUGAGAAAACCUGGUAUUUAUUUAUUUAUUUAUUUUUUUUAAAGAAAAAAAGUUAAUUUUUAUAAUAAGUGGAAAUAUCAGAAAUCGUAAUUUAAAAAUAAAAAAGUAGUCAUUUUACAGGAAAAAAUAUUUUUGUUAUUUGAAGAAUAUAUAUAUAUCUUUCUGACAGGAAAAAACUGGAAUCAGAAUUAUUAAUUUUUAUUAAUUAUAAAUUAUUAAAAUCUUUAUUUGCCAAAUAUGUCCAAAAAACACACAAGGAAUUUGCCUACGGUAGUUGGAGCCGCUCUAGUACGACAACAGACAGUCAAUUGACAGAAAACACUUUGGAGACAUAAAGUCACUGAGCAAUAAAGGGUUGCUAGUUAUCUGGUAAUGCCGGUACAUUUUUUUUUUUUUUUUUUUUUUUUUUUUUACAAUUGUGCAAAAAGAUGCAGAGUCCUCUAGCACUUAGAGCUUUUCGAAAGGCUAAUAUUGCAAUAGUCCGGUGCAAUGACCAUUGUGCAAAAGGCGCCAAAACUUCAAACGAGUAGUGCGAUAAUCUGGGACAAUGUUGAUUGUGCAAAUGUUGCCGAUCCUACUCUGCCAUGAGUGAUUCUUGAUGACUCUUUCCUAGUCACAUUAAAAAGCUUGUUGCCAGGGAGAAUUUAUAGGGUGGAACCAUCUGUGCCCCAUAUGUCAAUAAAAACAUUGGCAUUUACCAGUUACGCAAUACUUUUUGAGAACAGUCCUAAAACCCUUUAAACAAUAUAUUUUUAAAAAAACAUGUAAUAUCACAAGUACAGUGUUCCCGCAUAUUUGGGAACCGCUUCUUUGGGGAUUUAUUGAUUUGCAAAUUUUGGGGGGAACCUAUCCUCGGGUGCUCGCAGAAAAACUCACUUAUUUGCUGUUUUUGUGCUUAAGCCAAUGCCGUUUCAUCUAAAAGUAUUGCUUUGGCAUCAAUGAACUGUGUUGCAGUGAAUUGAGGCUUCAUUUAGAUAAAAGUAGUCCUUUGUCCUCAUUAUGUGGCAUCUUUAUGCCGAGGAACUAUGUUGGAAGUGAGGAAAUUAAAUUAGCGUUUUUGCAAUCUUGUCACAUCUAUAGGCAAUUGUAAAUAUUUUAUUUACAGAACUUAACCACUGUAUAAUAAAACUAAAAUAAUGUAAAACGACUCACCGUUUCAAGUUGUCCCACAGGAAGACGUUUUUGCAGCUACUGUCACCUAGUGGCGUUUUAUGUGUAUUGGUGGAACAAUCAAAUUUUUUUCACCAUCGGAAAUAAUGUACAAUAAACAAAAUUCCGUAUGCUGUUCUAUGCUUAUCAUAUUUUUCGGUACCUUUUUGUGGUGACGUCAGAAACAAAAUGAAGUCCCCAAAAAAAAAUCAUGAUGUUUGAAUGCCAAAUGUUCCAUUUCGGAGGUUCCACUGUAUCUGUGAAAAAUACAGGACGGCGAAGUGAUCAUGUUUUUGCGAGGGACCCUUAAGCUAAGCCCCUCCCCCCAUUUGUUUGUCCUUUGUAAGGAAUCACCGCUAACGUCUAAAUAUGGUCGAAUGGGAAAGUAUUUUUGAGAGAAUUAUAUUUUGCUGGAAGAUAUUUAAGUACUUUUGUCUUAAAAAAAAAGAGAAAAAAAAGCAAACUCCUUUUUUGUAAGAUGUUGAUAAAUGCAUGCGUUUUGAUGAUGACGAGAUGUUUACAUUGUAUUUAAGAAACGAAAGAAAAAAGGGAAACUUGUGCCUUUUUUUGAUCGCACCUGAUUUACAGUUUAACACCUGUACAUAGUACAAAAAUCCUUGUUCUGUUGAGUGUAAAACAUUUUUACGGAAUGAUGUGUUGAACCCCCCCCCCACACACACACACACUCGCCAUGUUCUUUUUGUGUGUUGGAAGGAGAAAUGAAUGUACGAUAUACAUUGUGACAGACUUGCUACCUGAAUGUGAGACAAAAGACAUCUAUAACCUUCUUUAUUCUAAUAUUUUUGUUACUUUUUUUCCUCUCAUCAUUGCUCAUGUGGCUCAAAACGAGGAUAAUAUUGAAAAAACAAGUAUUUCUUAUUUUGUAACAAAAUAUGUGAAGUGAUGGAUCUUUUUUGUUUGUUUUUUUGAGUUGUUGCUGUUGAGAUGAUUUCCUAAUCCAAGGUUGUUGACCAGCACCACAAUAAAAUCAACAAGUC